AUGAUGUUCUGGCUAUUUCUUUUGGCACAACAUGUGGCAGUAUUAUCAGGCCAACAAUCUGGUUUUCUUCCCCUUCAUUCAGCUACAGCUUAUCCUGUUCCUAAUAUCACAUUUACAACUGCUACUGGUAGAUCACUCGGAGAGAGUUUAACAUUUAACUGUACAGUUGAUGUGCUAGAUGGACUAUACAAUAUUAAUGUGAAUAUCAGUAUAAAGAAGAAUGAAAGACUCGUGGCCAGUGCUACUGGAACUGGUGAUACUACAGCAAUGAUUACAAUUGAUUCAUUAAGGGUGUCUGAUGCUGGAGACUAUCAAUGCAUUGUUAAUAUCACUCAACCUGAUAUAGACUAUGAGUUUAAUGGUAUUGAGUCUACCAAAGUGAUACUAACAUUACCAACUCCUUCAGUUGUUGUUGAGUAUAAUGCUACUAGACAUUUAGUAGAUGGAAAACUAGCAGAAGGACAGUUUCUUGAUAUUAUAUGUAUAGCUGACAUCAGUCAGUAUAUUGAUACUAGUGUUAGUAUUACUAUGAGUUGGAGGAGAGAUAACACUGUACUGACCAAUGGAAGUGAUUUUACUAUCAGUCCUCCUGUUAUGACUAAUAAUCAGUACAUUGGUGUGUUACAUAUUAAUAGUUUAAGAGAUGAGCGUGAUAAUGGUGCUAGUUACAAUUGUUCGGUUAGUGUGACUCCUAAUACUCCUUUUAUAAUAGCAGGGAAUGAUAAUAGCAGUGCAGUUACAUUUACUGUAGCAAGGUUUGAUAUCAAUCAUGUUGAUAUAAGUAUCUGUAUUCCUUCUGUUCCUGUUGCUGGUGAUUUAUUUAAUCUAUCUUGUGUUAUAGUUGUACCUCCUAAUUUUGUUAAGAGCCUUACUAGUGUUAGAUGGACUUGUGAUUUAGAAGCAUCUCAAGAUGUGACUAGUGAAAACAAUGAUGCUACACUAGUACCUGUUGUUAGAAAUGGAAAUAUAUUCACCAGUGUACUUAUGCUUGAUCCAGUGAAGACAACAGAUGCUAGACGAUAUUACUGUCAAGCAACAAUUCUAGUAUUUGGUAGUGUAGAUCGUACUGACAAAGAUAUAUCUGUUCAAAUAUCUUCUCCCAGUGUAUCAAUAGUUGCUGAUCCUCCAACUGGUCCAAUAUAUGAGAGUACGGGUUAUUCACUAACCUGUACAGCUAGAGUAAACACUACAAUAGUUAAUACACCAGUAACUGCUAGUGUCGUAUGGACUGAUCCUAGAGGUAAUGUGAUACCAACUAAUGAUGCAAGACGUCAAGUAAUACCUCCAACUGGUGACAAUAAUUAUUUUGUAAGCAUGCUAUUGUUUCAACCUAUUGAUACUGGUCGUAAUAAUGAUGAAGGAACAUAUACUUGUCAAAUGAUCAUUGAUUCUGGUAACUCAUUAAUAGCAUCAAGUCAGCCCACUAAUGCCACUCUUGCUGUUACUCUUGAAAGUCUUCCUUUAAUGACAGUAAAUUUUUCAUCAGUUGGUUCAAUUGAAGUUGGUCAGAGUCUAACUAUAACAUGUACCAUAGAAACAGUUGAGAGAUUAGUAGUAACACCAUUGAUUACUUUCAUGAAAAUGAAUGAUACAGAAGUGCUCCCUAAUUUGAAUAUGCAAUACACUAUCACAACAGAUGACACUGGUUCAAUAACUAACUAUACUCUAAUAUUGGAUCCAGUGAGGUUUGAAGACGCUGGAAUGUAUGCAUGUAUGGCUGAGUUUAAUGUAACUGGUUUUAAUAAUACCAAUGAUCCAAACACUGCUACUUAUGAUUAUCAAGAGGCUAGUGAUGUCUUUAAUUUGAUUCUUGACUUCCCACCAGUGGUUGUUACUAUGUCAAAGGAACAUGAUGAUAGAUUAUAUGCAGGGACAUCAUUCUUCAUUAAAUGUGACAUACUGUUAGAUCCAUUAGUCACUAUACCAGUGACUGUCACUAAUCAAUGGACACGUGAUGACACUAAUGUUCCUAUGGGUUCAUCUGAUGCUACUAUUACUGAGAGUCUCAAUGUGAUCAGUGCAUUACAUUUUAGUGCAACAUUAAUGUUCUAUCCAUUGGAUAAUGCUGAUGAUAGUGGAAUGUAUACUUGUAAUGUUGAAGUGACUGCUCCUAAUAGUUACAUAUAUAUCAAGAAUCCAUCGUCCAAUGCUAAUAUUACCAUUACAGUUAUUGCUACUCCAAGGCCAGCAGUAGAGAUAGUGACUAUGGGUAUGGCUAAACUUGGUGAAGAAUACAUGUUAAAUUGUACAGUCACAGUUGUUGAUAGACUCAUAGUCUCACCAAUAAUGUUAUGGACUAAAAAAUCAGCUAAUAAUGUUAUUAGCAUACCCCCAGUUUUGAAGAAUGUAUCUAAAGUAAAAAGUUCUCUUAAUUUGAUAUUUCGUUCUCUUAAUACUUCUGAUGCUGGUCUAUAUACUUGUGAGGCUUCCAUUAAUGUUAUUCAAAUAUCUGUAGUAACAAGGAGUAAUGAAUUUUCAAGCAUAGUGUUACAAAUUCCUAUUCCAUUUGCUAACAUAAGCCAAUCAAGAAUUAGUAAUUUCUUAGCUGGCAGUAACCUGAUAUUAACAUGUGAUAUCAGUGUUGAUCCUAAUGUUGAUACACCAUUCACUGUUAAUUUAACCUGGAACAUGACUGAUCAACAAAUUAUGAAUAACAGUGAUAUGGGAAACAAUGGUCACCCUGAUUCAAUGAUGCUUGCUGACACUGAUCGUGUUAAUAUCAGCUCCAUUAAAAUGAGAUCAGGUUUCAAUGAGUAUAAAUCAACUGUUAAUUUUACUACAUUGAGCAGUACUGAGGACUCAGGAACAUAUACUUGUAUUGUUACUAUAGUACCAGCUAUAGCUUAUGAAUACCAAUAUGUUAUGACUUCUGAUACUAUUUAUGUGAAUAGUAGCUUCACUGUUACUGAUUUAACAAUUGGAGGGUUAUCUGCUUCUCCUGACUCAUUUCUUGGUCUAGAAACAUCAUGUCUUGACUCAAACCCAUAUGAUAACUUCACUCUUACUUGUACAGCCACUAAACCAACCAUAGUAAUACCAAACCUAGUAGUAGCAUGGACACAUAAUGGUACAAUAGUAACUGGUGCUGUGACUACUACACAUAUGGUAGAGAAUACUACGACUACAACUGUUACUAAUGCAUUGAGUUUCUCCAACAGUAGAUCUUCUGAUUCUGGUACUUAUAGAUGUACUGCUAGUAUUGCUAUACCUGAUUCAACUAAUAUCACUACUAAUGAGGAAAGUACUGUGACUAUAAGAUCUCAGAGCUUACCUGUUCCUGCUACUAAUGUAACAGCUACUCCAGGAGCAACUACUGCUGCUCUAUCAUUUAUAAUACCUAACAUUGCCUAUACACCUGAAACCUACAGUGUUAAGUAUACUGGAGCAAUUUUACAAACAACUGAAGCAACUUCCAUCAUAAAAAAGAGUUCCAGUAACAUUAGUGCAAUUAAUACAGAAUUUAUGAUCAUGUUGACUGGCCUUGAGGAAGAUAACACUUAUGCAUAUACAGUUGAUUCUAUCAAUUGUCUUGGUACUACUAGUACUGCAGAGAUGAGCUUUAGAACACUUCCAACAUUACCAGCUGCUUCUCCAAUGGAUUGUGCUAAUAUAACAUUCUUACCCAGUAAUGUCACACUUACCUGGAUUGCACCAGCACUAAGAGAUCAAAAUGGAGCACCAGUUGGUUAUAAUUUAACCUGCAUAAAUAAUAAUGGUGUAUCAGUUAAUAAAUUAAAUGCAACACAAACUUCAAUGAGCACAUCUUUCACUAUUACUGAUGUUAUGCCUUUUACUGCCUACACUUGUGAUCUAUCAUUUAUUAAUGUAAUAGGACAAGGACCCUCUACCCAGUGUACUUUUCAAACAGCUCGAAAUUUGUCAUAUGACUCUCCUAAAAAUUUUACUUCCAUUCCUGAUCAAAAAUCUGUCUUAUUUUCAUGGAUGAAACCAACCAGUACUAACAGAGUUAUUAUUAGUUAUAAUUUAACAGUAACUAACUUGGAUGAAUCUAAAUUGGUUACUUUCAUUAUUGAAUUAAAUUCUGAUGAAAGAAAAACACACAAAAUUGUUGAUGGCUUCAGUCCAUAUCAGAAUUACACUGCUAGUGUCAGUGCUAGCACAAUCAAUGGAGCUGGACCAGUGGCUAUUACUGAAGGAAGAACACUACCAGACCUUCCUAGUUCACCUCAUCUAAUAGUGACUCCAGUUGCCAUUAAUGGUUUGACAAUAGCUUAUACUGUACCAGUUCUAAAUGAAACUACUAUCAAUGUAACAUGGAGUCCACCAUCUCAUCCUAAUGGAGAUAUUACUGGAUUUAUUGUUAGAAUAGCUACUGAUGCAAUUACUAGUUCUAAUAAUGUUGCAUUUGCCCAUGGGAAAGCAUUAUACACACUAAUAUAUGGAGGAUUAAAGGCAAGAGUACCUUAUUAUAUUUCAGUUGUAGCAGUCAAUCAAGUUGGUGUAAAAAACUCAGCAACUGCUAUUGCAUUUACUAAAGCCGACAGUAGUGUUACAGUAUCACCAUCUAAUGUACAAGCAAUGAGAAUAGGAGAUACAAUAGUGUUAUCAUGGGAUCCAGUGACAUUAGAAGAAGCUAAAGGAUUCUUUGUAUACAGUAUCAGAUUAACUCCUCAUGAUGGUAGCAGUAGCAGUGCAUCAAGACAAACUAAUACAAGAACUACAUCAGCAGCUUAUGAUACCACAUCAGUUAAUAUAACUGAUACCAAACCACAGUUAGCUUAUACUGUGAGUAUUAGUGUAUUACUAUUGACUCAUGUGGGACUAAUAGAAGGGCCUGCAUUUUACAUUUCUCUAACAAUGUCACCUACUGAUGGAGGUAGUACUGAUCAGGGUGAUGCUGUUUUAACAAUAGUAAUGGUGGUAUCAAUGUUAAUCAUAAUUUUGUUGCUGGUAGUUGUGUGUAUUAUUAUAGUAGCAUUGCACAGGAAAAAGUUCAAAAAGUGUAAGAUAAGCAGAACUAAUGAAGGAUAUAGCUUAAUGGCUAUUACUCAUGCAUCUGUAGCACAAAACAAUGUCGAAAGGAUCAAUGAAUAUUUAUAUGAACCAACAAACGAUGAAGCUGUGCUACAAGAGGAAGAGGAAACUCCAGUUGUAGGAGAUAGUGUUGAUGUGAUACCAAUAGCCAGUUGCAGUCCUGUAUAUGAUACUAGUCCUAUUACUGGUCCAGAUCCUAGCCUCAAUCAAGGAGAGAAUGAAAGGAGAGAGAAUGAAGAGUAUGAAAACAUGCUUUAAACAUUUUUGUUGCUUUAUUUAAAGUAAUAAUUUUAGCCUUGAGGUUUGUGUGCAGUAAUGAAAC